CCAAUAAACAGAAAGACAGGGGAUUGGACAAGACAGUAACGAGCAACAGGUGAGAAUAGAAACGGAGGGAAACUAACCUGACAAUUGGGAACAGGUGAGAACAGAACUGGAGGGAAACAAACAAGAGAGGAAGUGCAAACCAUAUAAGGGGAAGGGCGGAGACAAAGACAGAUGACAGACAGGUAACAACAGAACACAUGGAACACAGCAACAACCACAGAUAACAACAACAUACACAAAAAGGCCACAAGAGUGGCACAAAGGCAAUCAGUCUCAGCCGGAUCCUGACAGGUUCCCACUCUCUGAAGUUCUUGUCUACAGGACGUGUGCAGCCUGGAGAUCAGCCUUUAGUUGAACAACUAACUGUAUUUGAUGGAGUUCCCAUCUCUUACUGUGACACCCUGACGAAAAGAGAACAACUCAAACCUACCCUGGAGUCCCAAAAGUUUCCUGAAAACUGUCAUGAAGCGAGUCUUAAUAUCAUAUUGUCUCUCUACGGGAUUCCAAGACUCAUGAACAGCACAGUGUAUGUUGUACAGCGGCGGCGGGGCUGCAUCCUGUCAGCCAAUGGGAUGGUGUUUGCUUUUGAAGCCUGGGCAGUAGAUGGGAUGGACUUCAUAAGCUUUGACCCUGAAUCUCAGAGAUGGACGUCCCAGUCUCCCUCUGCAAGACCAGUGGAACAACUCUGGAACAAGAAUACAUUAAUGAAUCAUGCCUAUAGACACUUCAUCAGAGUGGAAUGUCCACAGAUGAUCCAGGAAAUUCAAUUAAGACCAAUACAGCAGAAAACAGAGCUACGUGUUUUUGCCAAGCCCAUUGUUGACACAGACCAGGCACUGCUGAGGUGUCAUGUGACGAGUACUGACAAAUCAGUGAGCUCGGUGCAUCUGAUUGGAAACGGGGCUUCCAGGGCCAGUUGGAUCAGGGUAACUGGACCGAUGCCUGCUGAAGACGGAUCCGUGAUCCUCCGACUGACAGCUGAGAUCUCCAAGAGCCGAAACACUGUCACGUACGGCUGCACAGUACAAACAGGAAGUCACAACACCACCGUCUUUUGGGAUGGGAAUACUGUUGACGGCAGAAACCUUCUUGAUAACUCAAGAGUGUUUUGGAAAAUCCUGCAAGUAAUCCUUGGAGUCGUCUGCGCUGGGUUUACAAUCGCUAGUAUAUACCGUGCAAUCCGAUAUCUGGUUAAAUGUGUGAAAAAGAAGCCCAGUCCUCCUUCAAGAGUUGAUCCACAGCUGGUUGAGCAGUUUACCAGGAUGAUGGAGAGUGUUGCUUCUCCAGAUCUGCAGAGCGUUAUUUUUUCAGUCACACAAGGGAGAGAGGGAAACAGAAAGUCCCACGAGCAGUGGGAGAUGGUCGUUAUGUUAAGGGAUCAAAGUCACUAUGACCCAGAGUACUUUGCUGAUAAAAUUGAGGGGCCACAGCGAUAGUUAAUUGAGGAAUGGAGCAGGGAAUUUGAAAUUGUAGAAAGACAAACAUAUUUAAUAUCAACUGUGAACAUCAGGUUUUACUGUCAGUCUCUCAGAGACGCUGUUAUUUUGCACUGAAUCCAUUAAUUACAGAACUGUGUUCAUCAUUCUCUACAGUGACACAUUUGAAACUUUAGAAAUCCCAGUGGUUUUGUGUCAUUAUCGGAAAGUUGUAAGGACAACACGUCAUUUUUCAUAAUGAUCAAAAGUGAAGAAUUGCAUUGUGGACGUUCACACUGAGAUUUCAGACACUUCAAUACAACGGUCCAACG